AUUUUGACGUCCAAAUGAACUUGGUUUUCAUUGUAUUCUGCAAUGUAGUAUUGAUGCAUUUGAUCCUUUAAACCCUACAGAGUCUGACACAACAGCACCAUGUCAAAGAGAAGAACCAACACAGAGCAGCACAGACCAUUAAAGCGUAUGAAGGAUGAAGGCAGAAGUGACAAUGAUGAUGAUGACGGGGACAUCAUGGACCAGAGUCAGCGGCCUGAUUUCAGGACUGCCAGCAUGGGGGAAGAGGCAGAUAUGGGAAUUAUUGAGAGGAUCCAGUUGAAGAAUUUCAUGUGUCAUACCCGCCUGGACUUCCCUUUCUGCCCAAACAUCAACUUCAUCACUGGAAACAAUGGCAGUGGUAAGAGCGCCAUCCUGACAGGGUUGGUAGUGGGCCUGGGGGGAGGUGCCAAGGCCACCAGCAGAGGAACGUCUGUCAGAGGAUUCAUCAAGAAUGGAAAACAGAGUGGUGAGGUUAUUAUCAAGUUGAGAAACAGAGGUUCUGAAGCCUUUAAACAUGACCAAUAUGGAGACUCCAUCAUAAUUAAGCGAACAGUGAAAGCUGUUGGGGGAUCUGCCUACAGGCUGGAAAAUGCUGAAGGUAAACUGGUGUCCAAUAAGAAAGAGGAACUUGACCACAUCGUGGACCACUUCAACAUCCAGAUCAACAACCCAGUGGCAGUGCUGAACCAGGACACCAGCAGAAACUUUCUCCACUCCAAAAACCCCAAUGAUAAAUAUAAGUUCUUUCUGAAGGCCACCCAGUUGGAACAAAUGAAGCAAGACUACUGCAGUAUUACCGAGCAGAUGGAAAUCACCAAAGGAAUCAUCUCAACCAAAGAAACCACUGUCCCCACCCUCCACGCUGAGGUGCUGGAGUGGGAGAAGAAGUUCAAAGCCGUCCAGAACUGUGACGACCUCAGGGGAAAGAUACAGGCCUUGAAAAACGAGAUUGCCUGGGCCAUUGUUAUCGAAUGUGAGGAGAGCCUGAAGCCCCUCACCAAGGCACACAGGGUAGAAGAUGCUCGCACCCCAAAGUUUCAGCAGAAAGUGGAUGAGUGUCAGGCCAAACUGGAUGAGUGCAUGGUGGGACAUAAAGAGAUCCAAGACAAGCUGAAGACCUACAGCACCGAGGCACAGAAAUUAGUGCCGCAGCACGCAGAUGCCAAAAAGGUCCUCAGUGAAAAGAAAAAAGUAGUGCGAGCAGUACAGCUUGAAGAAAGGAAGAUCCAGAGCGAAUUACGGACAGUGACCAAGGACCGUGACCAAACCCUGGAGCGGAUUAAUGAAAUCAGAAAUAGUGCCCAAGAAGACCAUGAGUCAGAACGGAUAGCAAGGGAGCAGAAGAUCCGGGGUCUCGAAGAGGAGCUGAACGGCUGCCAGGGGAGGAGGAAGACCACAGAACACGAGGUGGAACAGUUCAGGGCGGCUGUCACCAAGUAUAAAGAGGAAGGGUACAGACUCAGUAAUAACGAAAAAGAGGUUAGACAUACGCUGGAAGAAAAGAAAAACCAGCUCAGAAAUCUGCAGGAUGCAAGAAGUGAUAGAUUAAAAAGGUUUGGUGCGUGGGUACCCACACUGCUAGAGAAGAUAGAGGUGGCACAUAGGCAGAAUAGGUUUCACCAAAAACCCAGAGGACCAUUGGGUAAGUAUGCAUUAGCGNUUGAGUGCUGCCUCAAGAAUCUCAUGCAUUCCUAUUGCUGCACAGACUAUCACGAUGAGAAAAUCCUCAACCAAAUCAUGACACAAGUUUGCCCCAAAGGCAGGCCCAAACCUACUAUCAUAGUCAGCAGGUUCUUGGAACAUGUGCAUGAUGUUAGCCAGUUUCGGUCGCGCUGUGAGUUUCCCACUGUCCUGGACAUGUUGGAGUUGGAUGACCCUGUUGUAGCCAACGCUCUGGUGGAUCAGCGAGGCAUUGAGAAUGUGAUAUUGAUCAAAAAUGCAGUCCAGGCUCGACAGUUCAUGGGCAAGAAUAAGGAUCGUAAUACAAAAGAAGCAUUUGUGGGCAAUGGAGACCAGGUGUUCAGCUUUCCUACCUUCCGUUACUACGCCUCCAGCACUGACAAGGCAUCCUUCCUCAAGGCAGAUGUGGAGGAGGAAAUAAGAUCCUUAGAGGUGGAAAUAGCUGGUAUACAGCAAGAAGCUGAAAACUUAAGAAAGAAGAGAGCCUCCGUAGACUCUGACAUCCAGUCUAACCAAAUGGAGGAGAGGAGGACGCAGACGAAACUGAUGAAAAUAUCAGAACGGAUUGAGAAGUUGAUGAGCGAGAUCGACGAAUUGAAGAGUAUCGAGGACCCGGAACCUGUGGAUGUGACCACACUGGAAGAGGAAGUGGGGGGUUUUAACCAGCAGAUCGAGGAGCUGCAGGGUAAGGUGAACGAGGUAAGGGACAAGCUGAAGGAGACCCAGGCAGAGGUUCAGAAGGCAGAGGAGGAGUUCAAGCAGAUUGAUGAGAAGAUGAGGUCCAUAGCUGAUGGAGCUGAGCCACUCAAGGAAGAACUUGCUCAUGCUGAAACCCAGAUAGAGGUGGCGAAGUCAAACAAAAAACAUUACGAUGGCAAGAUGAAGGAACAUGAGAAAAAAUUGAGCGAUAUUAAAAAAUUGGUUGAAGCUAAAAAGAAGGAAAUAGAGGAAAAAUGUGCCAAGGCAGAGGCUGUCUGUCCAAGAAAAAACACCAGACGUACACAGAGAAACUUGGAAAGUGAAAUCAUUCAAAUUGAAAAACAGCUGAAGGCGCAAGAGAAAAGGCAUAGUUGUCAUUUCCUGUUUUUGUUCCUGCAGGCAUUUGUGGGCAAUGGUGACCAGGUGUUCAGUUUUCCUACCUUCCGUUACUACGCCUCCAGCACUGACAAGGCAUCCUUCCUCAAGGCAGAUGUGGAAGAAGAAAUAAGAUCCUUAGAGGUGGAAAUAGGAGGUAUACAGCAAGAAGCUGAAAACUUAAGAAAGAAGAGAGCCUCCGUAGACUCCGACAUCCAGUCUAACCAAAUGGAAGAGAGGAGGACGCAGACGAAACUGAUGAAAAUAUCAGAACGCAUUGAGAAGUUGAUGAGCGAGAUUGACGAAUUGAAGAGUAUCGAGGACCCGGAACCUGUGGAUGUGACCACACUGGAAGAGGAAGUGGGGGGUUUUAACCAGCAGAUCGAGGAGCUGCAGGGUAAGGUGAACGAGGUAAGGGACAAGCUGAAGGAGACCCAGGCAGAGGUUCAGAAGGCAGAGGAGGAGUUCAAGCAGAUUGAUGAGAAGAUGAGGUCCAUAGCUGAUGGAGCUGAGCCACUCAAGGAAGAACUUGCUCAUGCUGAAACCCAGAUAGAGGUGGCGAAGUCAAACAAAAAACAUUACGAUGGCAAGAUGAAGGAACAUGAGAAAAAAUUGAGCGAUAUUAAAAAAUUGGUUGAAGCUAAAAAGAAGGAAAUAGAGGAAAAAUGUGCCAAGGCAGAGGCUGUCUGUCCAAGAAAAAACACCAGACGUACACAGAGAAACUUGGAAAGUGAAAUCAUUCAAAUUGAAAAACAGCUGAAGGCGCAAGAGAAAAGCCAUGGAAACAAAGAAGAAAUUACACGCAAAUACUAUGAAACAAAAGAUGCCUACCUAAAGAUCAAAAAGGAAAUAAAGCAGUUUGGAAAUUUCUUGAAGAAACUUGAAAUAACCAUGGAAAUUCGGCAAGAGAUUUAUAAAAAAUUAAGAAGCAGUUUGGCAUAUAGAACUAAAAUGAACUUCAUAAACACUUUGAGAAGUAGAUUUUUCGUGGGGAGGCUUGUGUUUAGACACAACACCCAAACACUGAAUAUGGAACUACUACAGGAUGUCAUGGGGACCCGUCAACAUCAGUUUAUAGAGUUUCGCAAAAUGAUUGCUUUGAGAGCCAAAUACUAUUUCAUCGUGAUGUUGAGCAAUCGAAGUUAUGUUGGAAAGAUGACAUUUAAUCACAAAAAGGAAAUUCUCGAGCUGUCUGUUCAGCCAUCCAACCAGUCAGCAGAGGGCGCCAAAGACAUGAGGGCUCUGUCUGGGGGUGAAAGGUCAUUCUCUACCGUCUGCUUCAUCUUAGCAUUAUGGGAUGCCAUGGAAUCUCCUUUCAGGUGCAUGGAUGAGUUUGAUGUCUACAUGGACAUGGUGAACAGAAGGAUAUCUAUGGACAUGUUGAUGGAAGUAGCCAAGAACCAGAAGACUCGCCAGUUCAUAUUUCUGACACCACAGAACAUGAGCAACCUACAGCCCAGUCCCACCCUGAAGAUCUUUAAGAUGCCCGACCCGCAGAGAGGAUCAGGGGUGAUAGAAACCACCAGAGAACGGGAAGAGGAGCAAGAGGCUAUGGCAACUUGAGGAACAAAUCACAAAUUUCUCCCAGUUGACUGCAAUGUUGAAUGGCAGAGAUAUCUCCCACAAUUUCUUUGCAAUGUUUUCUGGAUUCUGUGGCAUAGUCCUUGAUCAAGUUUUCAUAAUUUCCCCUGGUGGGGUUGGAGCUAAUGUUCAACCUUAAUUACACCUGGGUGACACGUGGUAACAGCUCUCCAGUUAACAGACACCAAGAUGAGACUAACUCCAACACAAGAAGGUCCUGACCUUGAUAACUUAGUAAAAUGCAUAUUUUGAUUUUAUUUUCAUAAUAUGCUGGGUCUGGAGGGCAAUAGUUUGUUUAAAGUUGUCAGAUCACUUGGUGACUCAUUGUGGCAGUACAGGGGACUGUCAUCUAAAUGGGAAAUUGUGGCUGUCAGUCAGCUUCUGUGGUGACACUGUGUAAUAAUGACACUGGACAUUCUUUGGUGCAGCAUGUAGUCCAAAUGGCAAAUGUAGCACUCAUUUUGCAAACGGGGAAAUUUUGAAUUAAAUUUUGCGUGGUUAAACAGUUAAAAGGACAACUUUUGUCUUGUGAAAAGCAAACUAAUUCAGUCUUAAACAUCAACACUUUGCCAUUUUGUAAGUGCUUAUACUGGUGCUAAAUGAUUCAGAGGGUGAGAUUUAGACUAGCGAAGAUAGAUGUCUUCAUCUAGAAUGUUAUUACAAGUAGGAUUUUUAUAACAAAAUUGUUAAAGAUGUUUAGAUCCUUGCUUUUAGUUAUUUUGUUGAUGCUUUACCUAGAUAUUAUCUAGACUUGCUCACAACUGAACCAUUAACAGGAUUUCAAAAAGUAAGGAGCUUAACAUCACAUCAAGCACAUUCUUUAGUAUAGCUGCUAACUGAUCCAGUGAUACUAUUUAAGUUUAUUUUGUUUGUGACAUAAGAGAUGGUAGAUUGUUAAUAAACAAUAAGAAUUACAAGAUUAGUGAAAAUAUGCCAUAUUAGAUCAAUGUACAUUUCAUGUAUUGAAUGUUAGUAUCAUUUACAAUUUUAUUUCUGUUUGUAGUUAUAUUUGUAGUUUUUGUUACAUGUUAUGAUUUAAAUCUUUUGGGAAAAUGAGAAACUCAAACAUUUUCAUUUAUUUUUCUUGAUCGUUUGAUUAUAUUUGAUUUGUUACACACACACAUAAAUACACACACGUGCAUGCUCACAUAAAAACGUGGAAAAAAAUUUCCCCACCCAGUUUCGAUUCAUCAUUAUAUUUAUACAUAUGGAAAUCCUGUAGUUUCACAGUACAUGUUCUAUAGUGGAUGAAUAUUGUGGAGAGCCAAGUAAUUUUUGCUUGUGUCCUGUUUCUUGUGAAAGGCUUACUUGAACAAUGAACAUGUAAGGAUUAAAAAUGCUAGCAUAAUAAAGAUAUU